GUGUUACUCUAGAUUCGAAUUUAUUGUGAAUUUUGGUUUUACUAGACAUACAUGUCAAGCAUGCGAGCAUGCAUGUUUCCAAGUAAAUUAUGUAAAAUUUUUACCGGUGUUGUAGUUUGUUUACUGAUUAUAUUUUUCAUUAUUUUUGUGUAUUAUUAUAAUUACUUUGCGGAUGAUUUUUAUGAAGAAUCUGUUAAUCAAAAUUUCUAUUUUAAUUCGAAUAUUAACUAUUGCUCCAACGAACCAUGUCCUUUAUCUGCAACUUGUGUAAAUACAGAUGGAAGUUACAGUUGUGUUUGCAAUGAGGGAUACAAGGCAAAUGGAUCCGACAUUAGGGUUGAUGGUUGUGUAGAUAUUAACGAGUGUGAGGAGAGCCCUGCGAUCUGCCCGAGUCAAACUAAAUGUGUAAAUAUUUUUGGGGCUUUUGCUUGUGUUAAUGAUUUGACUCCAUCCCCAGUUUUGGAUGUAAGAAAUACUUUGACUGUUGAUGUUGCAG